AUGCCCCCCAGGUUCAGAGGCAAGUUUGGUUGGGACAAACCUUUUCCUCCUCCAGAAAAGAAACGGCGAAGGAAAAGAAAAGAAACAUUCAGCAUUUACCUGUACAGAAUAUUGAAAACAAUCCAUGAUGAUUUGAGUAUUUCCAGUAAAGCCAUGAACGUCAUGAAUUGCUUCAUCUUGGAUAUCUUCGAGCGCAUCGCGACAGAAGCGUCUCGUUUGGCAGCUUAUGGUAAACGCCAGACCAUCAACAGUGCGGACAUACGAGCAGCAGUCCUUUUGCUAUUGACUGGAGAUCUACAGAAACAUGCGGAAUGGGAAGGGGCCGAAGCCCUGAAGCGAUACCAUUGCAACAAGAAAACAGCGAUGCAAAAUGCUCAAGUCAUUUAG